AUGGAUGGAUCAGCAGAGGUUGAUAAUCGUGAAAAUGAUAAAAAUUAUCUUCAACGUAAAGAGAGAAUUCAAUUUAAAAAUGACACUGAUGCAAAAUAUGGUUAUAGUAUUUAUACAGAUUCAAAACCAAAGAUUGCCUGGCUUGUUAAUGUUCAAUCAUCAGAAUUAAUUGAUGAACAUAAUAAAGAUAUUAUUGCAUGUGUUGAUUAUUAUUUUCUCGAAGAAAGUGGUGAAAGAUUCAAGAUAUGUUAUCCAUUUCGACCAUACUUUCUUCUUGCAACUGUCAGCGGUUUUGAAUGUGGUGUUGCAAGUUUUUUAGAAAAGAAGUAUGUUGAAUUUAUUAAAAUUGAAAUUAUAGAGAAAGAAAAUUUAGAUUUGAAGAAUCAUUUAAGUGGUGUUAAAAGCAAAUAUUUAAAAUUAAGUUUUCCCAGUGUUACUGAACUUCAAAAAGUUAAAAAAGAAUUAAUGCCAGUUAUUGAAAAGAAUAAAAAGAGAAUUGCUUCUGAAACAGAAUAUAAAUCACUUCUUGCAAAGCAUCUUGGUAAUAUUAAUACUCAUGAAAUUGGGGAUGCUAUAGAUAAAAUUAUUGAGAUUAGAGAAUAUGAUGUACCUUAUCAUAUGAGGGUAUCUAUAGAUAUGAAAAUUUUUGUUGGUUUAUGGUACACUGUAGUAGGAAGAGAUGAAAAUAGAUUGCCUUCUCUUAAAAGAAAUUAUGAUAUUAUUGAACCUGCAGAACCUGUUGUUUUAGCUUUUGAUAUUGAAACAACAAAAAUGCCUUUAAAAUUUCCAGAUUCUGAAUUUGAUCAAAUAAUGAUGAUUUCUUAUAUGAUUGAUGGACUUGGGUAUUUAAUUAUUAAUAGGACUGUUGUUAGUGCAGAUAUACAUAACUUUGAGUAUACUCCAAAACCUGAGUAUCCCGGUGAAUUUACAGUAUUUAAUGAAGAAGAUGAAAAAGCAUUAUUAAUAAGAUUUUUUGAUCAUAUUAUUGUAUCAAGACCUUCAAUUAUUGUAACAUACAAUGGUGACUUUUUUGAUUGGCCUUUUGUAGAUGCACGUGCAAGACAUUAUCAAUUAAAUAUGAGGGAAAUAAUAGGCUUUUCUAAAGAUAGUCAAGGAGAAUACAAAUCAGAUAAUUGUAUUCAUAUGGAUGCAUUUCGUUGGGUACAGAGAGAUUCUUAUUUACCAAUGGGUUCACAAAAUUUGAAAGCAUGCACAAAAGCCAAAUUAGGUUAUGAACCUGUUGAAUUAGAUCCAGAAUUAAUGGUUACUAUGGCUAUAGAAAAACCACAAAUAUUAGCUAAUUAUUCAGUUUCUGAUGCUGUUGCGACAUAUUAUCUAUACAUGAAAUAUGUACAUCCAUUCAUUUUUGCCUUAUGUACAAUUAUUCCUCUUGGUGGUGAUGAUGUUUUAAGGAAAGGAUCCGGUACUCUUUGUGAAUCAUUAUUGAUGGUUGAAGCUUUUCACAAUAAUAUUGUAUUUCCCAAUAAAUUAAUUGAUGGUGAUAGAAAAAUCACUUCUGAUAAUCGUGUUAUUGAAAGUGAAACUUAUGUUGGUGGUAGAGUAGAAGCUUUGGAGUCAGGAGUAUUUCGUGCUGAUAUUAAGACAAGAUUUUGUAUCGUUCCGGAAGCAUUAGAAAUGUUAAAAGAACAGGUAAGAGAUACGAUGAAGUUUGCUUUGAAUGUUGAAAAUGGAAUUGACCUAGAAAAUGUUAUCAAUUUUGAUGAAGUAUGUAAAGAAACAGAAGAAAAAUUAGAUCAAUUAAAAAACACACCUAAUCUAUUUGAAUAUCCUAAAGUUUAUCAUUUAGAUGUUGGUGCUAUGUAUCCAAAUAUUAUUUUAACUAACCGUCUUCAACCUCCUGCUAUUGUUUCAGAAGAAGAUUGUAUGGCUUGUAUUUAUAAUACUCCUGAUGCUAAAUGUAAAAGAGAUAUGAAUUGGGUAUGGAGAGGUGAAUUGAUGCCUUGUACAAGAACAGAAUACGAUAGAAUAAUUCAACAACUUGAAACAGAGUCUUUUGGCAAACCUCCAGUUCCUUUUCAUGAAUUACCAAAAGAAGAACGUAUGAAAUUGGAAAAAAAAAGAGUGCAAGAUUUUUGUAGAAGAGCAUAUGGAAAAAAUCAUGUAACUAGAAUAGAAACAAGAACAACAAGAGUUUGUGAAAGGGAACAUGGAUUCUUUGUUGAUACAGUUAAAGCUUUUCGUGAUCGUCGUUAUGAUUAUAAAGAAAAAUUAAAGAAAGCAAAAGGUGAACUUGCAAAAACACCUCCAGAUGAUUUAAAUGGUAUAAGAAUAGGUCAAUCCAGAGUUAUUUUAUACGAAUCAUUACAAAUGGCUCAUAAAUGUAUUUUGAAUUCUUUUUAUGGUUAUGCUAUGAGAAGGGGUUCACGUUGGUUUUCAAUGGAAAUGGCUGGUAUUGUUUGCCAUACUGGUGCAAAUAUUAUUCAAGAGGCCAGGAAGUUAGUUGAGCAAAUUGGAAGACCUCUUGAAUUAGAUACAGACGGUAUAUGGUGUAUGCUACCUUCAAGUUUGCCAGAAAAUUUAACAUUUAAAUUACAAGGAUUAAAGAAGGACAAGGUAACGAUAAGUUAUGCUGGUUCUAUGUUAAAUGCAUUAGUUAAAGAUAAAUUUACAAAUCACCAAUACCAUGUCACAGGACAAGACGGAAAUUGCGAAAUAAAAAGUGAAAAUUCGAUUUUCUUUGAAGUUGAUGGACCAUACUUAGCAAUGAUUUUACCUGCUUCUAAAGAAGAAGGUAAAAAGUUAAAAAAAAGAUAUGCCGUAUUUAAUUUUGAUGGUUCAUUAUCUGAAUUGAAAGGUUUUGAAUUAAAAAGAAGAGGAGAAUUAAACAUGAUCAAAUUAUUUCAGGAAAAUGUCUUUAAAUUAUUUUUAAAAGGUACAACUUUGGAAGAAUGCUAUAAAUACGUGGCUAAAGAAGCUGAUUACUGGUUAGAUGUGUUAUAUUCAAAAGGUGUUGAUAUGACAGAUAAACAGUUAUUUGAUCUUAUUUCCGAAAAUCGUAGUAUGUCAAGGAAACUUUCUGAAUAUGAAGGACAAAAAAGUACUUCUAUUACGACAGCUAGGAGAAUGGCACAAUUUUUAGGUGAUGAAAUGGUCAGAGAUGCUGGACUAGCUUGUAAAUUUAUUAUAUCACAAAAACCUUUGGAUGCUCCAGUUGCAGAAAGAGCAAUUCCACUUGCAAUAUUUCAGACAAAUCGUUCAACUCAAGCAAGAUUCUUAAGACAAUGGACCAAAGAUUCUGCAAUUACUGAGGAAAAUGUUGAUAUUCGUAAUAUUAUUGACUGGGCAUAUUAUAUUGAGAGGGUUGGUAAUACUAUGCAAAAAAUUAUAACUAUACCAGCAGCAUUACAAGGUGUACCAAAUCCUGUUCCAAGACUACCACAUCCAGAAUGGUUAGAUAAUAUAAAGAAAGAAAAACAAUUUCAAAGAAAUCAACCUAAAAUUACAAGCAUAUUUAAAAAAAUUCCAAACCCUGUUAAAGACAUCGAGGUUAUUGGUAGCGGAGUAUACUUUGACAAAGAAAACGAAGGAAAUUGUAAUAGGAAGAGAGGAAGAAGUAUUGUACUUAACAAUGAUUCAAAAACAGUAGAAGAUUCUCCAACAAAUAAAAAAAUAAAAACAAUCAAUGAAAGGAAGACAAUAAAAAAAGAUGGAUUCAUCGAAUGGAUAAAUUACAACAAAUGUAGAUGGAGAGAAAUUCGUAACAAUAUUGCUGAAAGAAAGAAGAAUCUUAGUAAUAAUGAUAGUAAUAGUUUAGUAAACAGACCGCUUACAACUUUAGAAAAAAUGGUACUUUGUAGUAAGAAUGAAUUUUUAAAAAAAAAUUGGGAAAUUGUAGAAAUUUCACAAACUGAUACACCUGGUUUAUUUGUAGUAUAUGCAAUUGUUGGCAACACAAUGAAGAAAUUUAAUGUAAAUGUGCCAAGAAUCUUUUAUGUUAAUCAAUAUCAUCCAAAAAAUGAUGUAAAGCAUGUAAAAAAAAUUUUACCGCGUUGUAAACCAUUACUUAAUUUGUAUGAAUAUUCUAUUGAUGAAACUAAUUUUUCUUCUAGCCUUCGUGAUUUAUAUAUGCAAUUGUGUGAAAAAAAAAUUGAAGGUAUAUAUGAAACUCAGGUACCUUUAGAUUUUAGAAGUAUGAUAUCAAUUGGGGCUGUUGCAAAGAUUGUGAGUAUGAGGGCUUCAAAUACUAAUACUUAUAACAUGAAUGAACUACAAAUAUUACCAUCAAUAGAAAAAAAUUAUUUAUAUGAUAAAGAAUUAAAAAAACUUUUCUUCUACAAUUAUUCUUCUGGGAAUUUGCAUAUUGUUGCCUUUUUUUCCCCUACUCAUAAUUUAGGAAAAAUUUUUGUUGUACAUAAUAGAAAUUUAGAUAUAAUGGGAAAUAAGAGUAUUUACAAAGAUGAGUUGGAACGUUUUUUAAAAAAACACAAAGAGGAAUAUUUUGAUAGAGAAGCAUAUUCAAAAUUAGAUAUUGAAAUUCAACAGUGUCGGGAUGUUAGGAAUGUAGCUUUAGCUAUGAAAAAUAUGUAUAAACAAUUUGGUAUUAAUGAGUCACAACUUUACAUAUUAUUAGUACAAUCUCCGAAUACAAGAAAAUAUCUUACUGAUACAUAUCCUGUAUUAUCAUAUUUUCCUCAUGUUAGAAUAUAUGUAGCUGAACCUUCAGAUCUUCUAACAACACUUGGAUGGCAAAAUAAAAUUGUUAGUAGAAUUUGUAAGAAUUUCCUUUUUUCACAUGUUUUAUUGGAUGAGUUAAUUACACAAGGAAGAUAUUUGAAUAUACCCAUUGGAAAUAUUAAAGAAGAUUUUGCCACAUUUGCAGCAGAUAUUAUAUAUGCACGUUGUCUUAACAGAGAAGGUUAUUUAUUAUGGGCUACAACUGCUCCAGAGCCAGAUUUGGGUGGAAAAGAUAUACAAGAUUACAGAGUUACAAAUGAUUGGGAUUCUGUAUCAUUUAGAACUCAUCAUUCUUUUAUUAUUAAUAAAGAAGCUUAUAAAUGUGGUAAAAUAGUUGUUGAUAUUAACUUAGGAUGCUUAGCUGUUUGUGCGUUACUUCAAGCAAAUAAGAUUGCUGAAGCUGAAGGUACAAAUUAUUCAUUAGGUUUUGCAUCUGGAGUUGAAUUAGCAAAAGAUAAAAUUUUUGGAAAAGAAAUAUGGUUUUCAAUUAUGGAUGAAGCUGCUGCUGCAAAUAAAUCUGUUGAAGUAUUACGACAAGUUGUUGUUGAAUGUGUAAAAGAUAUAAACAGUGAUGGAGCUAUGUUAGCUGAUGAAGUUAUUUCAAAUAUUCAUAGAUGGUUAAGAUCUCCAAGAUCAUUGAUGUAUGAUCCAGCUAUUUCUAAAGCUGUAACAGUAUUAAUGAAAAAGUUAUGUUUUUUAUUGGUAACUGAAAUUACAAGAGUUGGUGGUGAGGUUAUACAUUGUUCAUAUACAAGAUUAAUUAUUAGUACAGAAAAAGAUUCUAUUUAUACAGGAACAAACUUUGUUAGAAGUAUGAUUGAUGCAUUGUCACGAAAUCCUUUAUUUUCUGUUUUAACAUUUACAGUACAAAAUUAUUGGGAUAUUUUUAGUUGGAUAGAUCCAUCAAAUUAUGCUGCUAUGAAAGUUGGUGAUACAAGUGAUGAUGAUGAAUUAAUAUUUAAUUGGGCAAUGAGUUCUUACUUUCCUGAUGAGGCUAGUAGAGCAAUAUUUAAUAAUUUUAUUGGUGGUUAUAUGACAAUGUUAGGUGAUUUUUAUCGUUCUAACAACAAAAAAAAUAACAAAGAAUUUAUUAAAUUUAAGAAAGAAAAAAUACUAAAAGAUGUAUGUGAAAAAAUGUGUAAAUUAACAGAAAGAAAUAUUAAAAAAUAUCGUAAUGCAGAGAUUCCAGAUGAUUUACCACCAAUAUAUAUGGCAGAAGAAUUUACAUAUAAUAUACCACUUGAAAUGGUAAAUUGUUUUAUAAAAAUUUUAUCAUUAGAUUCAAGUAUUGAGGAAGAAAUAGAAAUUGUUCGUUGUAAAGCAAUGGAUUUAAUGAAAAUAGAUAAAUAUAGUGAAAAAUCUUUUUGGAAACCAAUUACAUAUUCAUGUGUACUUGAUCAUUUAAUAUGUCAACAUUGUAAUAACCAUAGUGAGAUAGAUGUAUGUAUGAUUGAUACAAAAAAUAAUGGUGUUGGUGAAUUUAUUUGUUCAAGUUGUAAAAAAGCAUUUGAUAAAAAUAUUCUUGAACAAAUGUUAUUACAAAGAGCUCAUAAAAUGAUAAUAGCUUAUUCAAUGCAAGACUUACAAUGUGUUAAAUGUAAAGAAAUAAGAAAUAAUAAUUUUAGCAGUAAAUGUGGGUGUAGUAAUAAGUAUGAAUUUAUUAAUAAAAGAUCUGAAAUUAUGAGUAAUCUUAGAAUACUCUAUUGUGUAGCUAUUACUAAUAAUUUUAAUUUUUUAAAAGAUAUUGUUGAAAGUUGUUUGGAUUUGUAA